GCUCCUUACCUGCGCGCCGAGCCGUUUCACCUGGACCGUCACAUGAAAUAUGAUGAGGAUUUUACCUUCGUGUGCGCACUUCUUCUUGACGAGUAGAAGGCAGGUUUAUAUCCGACGGAACGCAGCCGCAGCUCCGAGGACGCACAGGUUUUCUUCUCAGGGCUGCCUGAAAAGACACUGAUCAACUCCUCAAGCCGCUGACUUAAUUCUGAAUCUUACACCUGCACCACCGGCAUUCAUGGCCCACCCUUACGAGCCCUGGUUAAGGACAGCACCAUCUAGUGGCAGCUCUGAAGAAAUGAACAUCCCAUCCUGGUGGGACCUCCACCGCGAUGUGCAAGCCGGCAGCUGGAUAGACCUGCAGACUGGGCAAAGUGUUGGUGUGCCCUCAGUGAGCACUGGCAGCUCCAUGGGACUGCAGAACUCUUUAGGCCCGUAUGGCUCCGACCCACAGCUGUGCACCAUGCCCCCGGCUCAGCACACCCCCACCUCACACUCGCCCCACCUCUUCCCGCUGGACGGCUUCAAGAUGGAACCACUGGGACCUGAAAUGCUGCAGCAGGAAACCUUCUCCUUGGAGGAACCGCAGGAGACCUCUGUGUCAGCUCGGCCCAAGCCCCAGCGACGUUCCUCCUCUCGGGGCGCCGGGCAGACCAUGUGCCGGUGCCCCAACUGCAUCCACGCCGAGCAGAUGGGCCAGAGCGCCGACGACAGCAGGACGAAGCACAUGCACAACUGCCACAUCCCUGGAUGUGGCAAAGCCUAUGCUAAAACCUCCCACUUGAAGGCUCACCUGCGCUGGCACAGCGGCGACCGGCCAUUUGUCUGCAACUGGCUCUUCUGCGGAAAGAGGUUCACACGCUCUGAUGAACUGCAGCGCCACCUGCAGACACACACCGGUGCCAAGAAGUUUAGCUGCGCUUUGUGCCCACGAGUGUUCAUGCGUAACGACCACCUGGCCAAGCACAUGCGCACCCACGAGUCCCCGCCAGGGCAUGGGGAGGAGAGAGUAAAUGGGGAUGGGAAGGGUUUUGAUGCACCCACACCGACACAGUCAUCGUCUGACAGCACAGAGCCUCAGCUGAAGCUGAAAUGUGAGAUAGACCCCUCGGUUUCAAACGUGACAGGGCAGUCUGGCUAAUUUUAUCACUUCCAGGAGAUGUUUGGUAGUAAGAGAGUUCAGUCCUCUCUGUCACAGAGAGAGAAUAGUUUUAUAAUAGAGUAGAAGAAUGGUUUGGACACACUAUUACUGAUGAAAGCUGGAUGGAAUGUAUGCAACUCCUGUGGUAGUGAUAGAAGGGAUGCUACAGCACACAGGAAACACAGGGUUGUAUGCGUUGUGCAGCUAAAACUCUCCUCUGUAGCUUUUAAAAGGAAUCAAAGAAGAGCCAGAGGUGCAGCGUGCUGCUCGACCCGCCAGCAGACCAGAGGACGGACAUAAGUCCAACUGAAAACAGAUGUUUACGUGAAACUUGUUGAACAUGUUACUGAAAGUGAGGAGCAGGUCUGCUUCCAACUUUUUAAAAAAGAGACAGUGAUAAUAUUUUUUGUUUGUAUUUAAUAUUCUGACCACAUGAGUGCAGCCCACUGUACCAGGAGACAAAACGUUUUAUUUUCUAUUGAGAGCACACACAUCGAGAGCCAUUUUUUUUGUUUUAUUGUGAUAAUAUAAUAUAAUAUAAUAUAAUAUAAUAUAAUAUAAUAUAAUAUAAUAUAAUAUAAUAUAAUAUACAGUGCCUUGCAAGAAUAUUCAUAAAUGUUGAACUUCCAUGUUUUGUCUCUUUUCAGCCACAUUCAAUUUACCGGUAGUCAAUUUUAUUUGGCAGAACUACAGGAUAAUUACAUUUCUUUCUACUUCAAAAGUAGAAAGAAACUGCAGGAUUUUAACAAAUCGUUUUUAACAUUUUAUAAUUAAUAGUAAUCUCAAUAGUGUGACAUCUAGUUGUAUUCAGUCCUCGUAGGUCAACACUUUGUAGAUGUGUAUUUCUGUGCAGUUCGAGCUGUAGGUUUUGUGGAGGAAGUCUCUACCACCUUUGCACAUCUGAAGACUGAAACUUUUAUUCUGCAUUUAUUCUGCUUCGCAAAAGACCUAAAACUCAGGUGAGAUGGAGUGAACAGAAUUUUUCUAGAUCUUUAAAAUAGGAUUUAGGCCCGCACUUUGACUGAGCCAUUCUAGCACGUUUGUUCUUUGAACUAAACCUAAACCAUUGUCACUAUGGUUGCAUGUUCAGAGCUGUAGUUCUGUUGGAAGAUGAGCCUCCAUCCCCGUCUCGAGUCUUUUGUUUCUUCCAACCAAUUUGCCUGACCUUGCUGAAGAAAAGCUUCCCAACAGCAUGAUGCUGCCACCACCAUGAUUUACUGUGGGGAUGGUUGGUUAAGGUUGAUGCAGAGUAUUACUUGCACACAUGUUGUGAGUCUAGGUAAAGUGUUUCAUUUUGUUUUCUGUGUUUCCUACAUCGCUUGUGGUAUGAAUAUACUUCCUGAGCCAUGUUUCAAAAGUAAACAUGUACAACUCCUCCUGGGUCUCUCAUCUGUACCACUGAUUAUUACUGUCUACUGUGCUAUAACAUAACCUUGCUCUAAACCUCUCCACCAUUGCAUCCUGGCCUUUCUGCUGUGUUCCUUGGUCUUCAUGAUGCUGUUGGUCCUCUGACCUCUGAGGCCUUAAAAUGACAGUUGGAGUUAUUCUGAGGUUAAAUUGGAAACAGAUAGACUCUGUCUACUCAUAGGAUUACAAAAGUAGUUAAUAAAAUUUGAAUUUAUUUAGCGGUAUCAGAAUAGAGGGGUAGGACUGCAACUCUACUCUGACUCUGCACUUUUCAGAUUUUACUACAUGAAGAUAUUUGAAAACCAGGCAUCUUUCUUUACCAUUCAAAGUUUUGCACUACUUUGUGUUGAUGUAUCACUUUAAAUCAUACUAAAAUACAUUAAAGUUUGUUGGUGGUAAUGUGACAAAAUGCAGAAACAUUAUGAAUAUCUUCGCAAGGCACUGUACGUAUAACAAUUUGGGAAUUUCAUGCACUAUAACAGCUAGAACUGACCAAACAUUAUGUUCCUUUUUCACCUAAACAAUGGUGCUAAAAGACUUGAGAACAGGAAAAUGUGAACAGGUGCUUGAGAUGAAAGAAACCAAAAACAAAAGAGCCACUUCAACGACAUGAAGAAGUCGAGACCCACAGACCCACAACAAACCGAGACAUGGACAGAAAGAUGCCGUCUGGUUUGAUGAAUCCAGGUUUCUGUUGUGACACGCUCAGGGACAGCAGACACAUCUGGAAGCAGAGCACAAAAACAAGCCAGCCUCUCCAUCCUGUUGACGCCGCAGGUUGCAGGUACUGAAAGACACGUCCAACACGAAGAAGCACAAGACUCUGAGCUGCACUUGACAAUUUUGUCUUCCUAACAAUAGAUCAAAUGGUUGUGUGUAAUGUGAAAGAGGUAACAGUUGUUGAGUGCUAUCACCUAUGUCCUCUGCACUUUGCCUCAACAUCUAUUUUGAUGUCUAUUUUGUCUCUGAUUUACUGGUUCAAAGCCCCCCUGCUCAAUUUAUCCAUAUAUGCAGUAACAGAUAUUCAAAUAUUUAUAUUUUAAAAACUAAUUAUUGCCUUGUAGCUCCACCUAAAAAGAAUACAACGGGCCUCAUUGGCAGCCCCGUUAUUUAGCACUAUUCAUAAAACCGAACAGAGGACUUAGUUUGGAGAUUUAAAAGGAAAAGCAUGAUAAUGGAAUGAAGCCUUUUUUGGAAUUAAAUAUGUCUCCAAAUGAGUUAGAAUAACAUUGUGUCUGUUAGAACCCCACAGAUAUUUAUUAACAACUUGUUGUAAAAGAAAAUGGCUUUUAUAUAUUAUUUUUACAAUUCUGCUGCCCCCUGCAGGUCAUAUGCAUUCCUAAAAAUGUAAAGAACAGCUAGAAUACCUGAUGAUUUUUCUUUUUCAGGAGUGAAACAAUUAGGUUACUUAUAUUUGGUUAGAUUGUUUUAAAUAUCAAUGUUAUAUGAUCAGUAGUGGUGUAGCUUUAUAGGAUGUAUGCAAUCCAUCACAAAUUACAGGCAGAUUUCUACAUUUUAGGGAGCUUUUGAUGAUCAGAGACUCACAGUUGUAUUUAUGUAUAGAAGAUACAUUAGAAUAAAGGGCUUAAACAUUAGUCAAUUAUUGUUCAUUGACUAGUAUUAAUGUUAUAAGUUGUUGAUGUUUUUAUAGAUAGACUUAUUUUAUUUUAUAGACAUUUUCUAGUGGUUCCUGUAGUUGAUGUAACAGUUUUUGGAAACUGUAAUGGAAUAAUUUAAAUACCAUAAUAAUUUGUAGUUAAUUGAUUAUUGUCCCUCAUUAAUAAAUCUGAUAAAGAAGUGCA